GACCGAACCCAACCCAAGAGCCAGGUUCACCCUAGUCAGGCUUAGCACAUUGCAACAUAGAAGUGCAUCGACCAACCGCUGCUCCCCUUUGUACGCCUCAUCAUAUCAGUAAUCAGCUCUACAAAGCAUAAGUCUAGUUGUUAUCCGCAUUCCGAGAGAUCAUGUCGGGAAACGCUGAGAUUUUGGCCGAAGAGUACCAGGUUCUGGAGUCCAUCUUUCCGGAAGAGGUUGAGAGGCUCUCGGAGGACGUGCUACGGAUACGAGUCGAGCCAGAAGACUCUUUCAGCGCUGCGAAACUGGUCGUCUCAUUGCAAGUCCACUACACGCCAGAGUACCCGGAUGAACUGCCAAACUUGCAGCUGGAAGCGCUCGAAGGAGAGAUCACAGACGAGGAGCAGGAAUCCUUGAUCGAAGGGAUGAAGACGGCGGGAACAGAGUCGCUUGGGAUGGCGAUGGUGUUCACUUUGACGAGUUGGCUCAGUCAAGCCCUGGUCGGAGUGUUGGACGAUCGGGCUCGCAAGCUGAAAGAGGCUGAAGACAAGAAGUUUGCCGAGUACGAGGAGGCCGAAGCAGCAAAGAAGCGUGGUACUCCGGUAACUCCAGAGACGUUCAUGGCUUUACAAAAGAGACUAGCGGAACAAGCAAGAAAUCGACGGAACAAGGCUGAAGACGAGCGGAUCCGUGCACUCACAGGCAAGGAACGGGAAGAAUACAAGAAAGUUCUCGUACGGCCGACAGGGCGACAGCUGUUUGAAACCGGUAAAACUUCGGCACAGGCCGAUCUGGAGUACGAGGACGACGAUGCUGGUGGCGAGUUCUCCUAUGACCGCUACAGUCGCGAGGAAAGAGAUAAAGUCAGGUUGGAGCGCGAGAAGGAGCAAGAGUCUGGAGGAGCACCGGCUGUCAUUUACGAUAGCGAUUGAGCGGGGAUGCGAUAUUAUAUAUGCGAAGUCUGUGUGCGU